CCGAUCUAGAGCAAUUUCAGCUCAAUGAAGUAAGUCACGUGGUUCUCAUCAUUUCCGGUUCUCUUUCGUGCACCGACUGUCCACAGGCAUCAUCAUGGUGAAGACAAACACCACAGGUUACCGCCGCGGUACGCGGUACAUGUUCUCUAGGGCCUUCAAGACCAAUGGAGUAGAAAAGCUGUCAACCUUCCUGAGGGUGUACAAGCGUGGCGACUAUGUCGACAUCAAGGGUUGUGGAGCCUUCCAGAAGGGUAUGCCGUACAAGGUAUACCAUGGACGUACUGGUCGUGUCUUCAACGUCACCCCCCAUGCCGUUGGUGUGGUUGUGAACAAGCAAGUCAGGGAUCGCGUCCUGCCCAAGCGUAUCAAUGUUCGCAUUGAGCACAUCAAGGCAUCCAAGAGUCGAGAGGGAUUCUUGGAGAGACGGAGGACCAACGACAUCCUCAAGAAGCAAGCCAAGGAGAAGGGUGAAUUCUACCAGCUCAAGAGACAGCCCACCCAGCCAAGGAAGGCUCACUUUGUUAGCGCCAAGAACAACGCUCCCCAGCUGAUUGAGCCCAUCCCAUACGAGUUCAUUGCAUAGACCUGGACGACUGAGGUGCCUACAGUGAUUCAAUAAAGUGUACAAAAUAAUAUAA